CGCAUGCGCAUUUAUCCUAACAACGUGAAAACAAAAUCGGAUAUCGUUUUGUGGUCAUUAAAAAUUUAUGCAUUUAAACUAUCUCCUGAGGAUAAAUCUAACAAGGCAAGUACUGGAAACUUUCACUGGGCAUAAUGUAUAGCCCUUCUAAGUACAGCCGUGUAAGCUCAAACUUGAGCGUCGGUAGUCAAGCAAGCCGGCAACCAGCUUCAAAGGGAAAACGUGUCCAGGUUUGGACAAGGAUUCGACCGACAUCACAGUUUGCUCAGGACAACCUUGAACUGCUUCCAGAUGGCAAGAGUGUUAAUGUUCACGUGAUGAAAGAUGGUCGAAAGGGGGUGGUAAACAAUCAGAUUGCUGACUGGUCUUUCCGUUUGGAUGGAAUUUUCCACAAUUCAAAUCAGGACCAGGUGUUUGAAACAGUUGCCGCAAACAUUGUCACAUCAGCGCUGGAUGGCUAUAAUGGCACAAUGAUGUGCUAUGGACAGACAGGGGCAGGUAAAACUUUCACGAUGUGUGGAGCAACCGAGAACUACGCGCACAGGGGGCUUAUCCCACGCUCCAUCUCACAGCUUUUCAAGGAAAUUGAGGACCGACCUGAGUUUGCUAUCACUGCCAGAGUAUCAUACCUUGAGAUCUACAAUGAGACGAUGUUUGACCUUCUGGGCACACUGCCGGAGUCGUGGAACCAGUUAGCGGAGGGUCAGCCCAUGACAAUCUCCGAGAACGAGGAUGGUGUUUACGUGAAAGGACUCUCUUGUCACCUCGUACAUAAUGAGGAAGAGGCUCUCAACUUGCUGUUUGAGGGAGAGACAAACAGAGCCAUUGCGUCCCACACACUGAACGCCCGAUCCUCUAGAUCACACUGUAUCUUCACUGUAUACAUUGAGACUCGAUCAAGAGUACAGUCCAAUGCCCGAUACACAGUGUCCAAGUUGAACUUUGUGGAUUUAGCAGGGAGUGAACGACUUGGAAAAACUAAGUCGGAGGGUAAGACACAGCAGGAAGCGAUGUACAUCAACAAAUCGCUAACAUUUCUGGAACAGGUGAUAGUGGCUCUUGCAGACCGCAGACGAGAGCACAUCCCGUUCCGUCAGUCAAAGCUGACCCACUGCCUGAAAGACUCUAUUGGGGGCCGUAGCAACACCCUGCUCGUCGCUAACAUCUGGGGCGAGGCCAACCAGUUAGAAGAAACUGUUUCCACACUGCGGUUUGCCACGCGGAUGAUGUGUGUGGCCAGCGAGCCGACAAUGAACGAGAUAUACGACCCGGCAGUGCUUGUGAAGAAACUCACAAAGGAGAUCAACCACUUGAAGAAUGAACUAGCCAUGCACGAUACCCUGACCAACAGAAGUCAAAUUGCAUAUGACCCAUUGUCAGAGCAACAGAAGUAUGAGAUACGACAGCAGGUCCGCAGAUAUGUCUCCGGCCAACUCGAUGAAAUAGACAUAAUUAAUCUUCGACAAAUACAGGGAUCAUUUGAAGCAUUUAGAGAUAUUUAUCAACAAAUGGAGAAGGAUAUCGAAGACAGACUGAGGCAGAAAUAUGCACUGAUUGACCGGACUGACCCUUCAGCCAUCCAGGCAGCACAGCAGCGUAGAGGAAGCCAUCGUAUGUCUGAAUUGUCGAGCGCGAGUGAACACAGCUGGUCUCACACUGACCAAGAACAAAAGGUUACCAGAAAACAGCGUGAUUCAAGAGCUGGUAUCCCGAUAUCAGACGACGGGAUGCUGGUGGGAGAUCCUGAUGGCCAGAGCUUCGGUGUGGGCGUGGCACCGAGGUCCGCAAAGGCAGAACCAUCUGCGGUUGUACAGUUAAAGAAGAAGGAAGAUGAGAGGAAACGGAAAGAGAAGGGACGGGGAACCAGGAGCCCUGUCACAGGGCGUGCAAGCCCUGCAGCCAGUGGGGGUAAGGGUGAGAGGGAUGUUAGGAGCCCACACACGCCCCAAGAACGAGAACGAACCCUCGAGGAGGACAGGACUACACCUACCAGCUCCGCUGGGGGAUCACGCACCGAGAGACAAGUCAGGCCCAGCACCCCACCGAACAGAGCGAAGGCAUUUGAGGAGUUUAAACAAGAGAAAGGCAGUGAGAUCAACAGGAUUCUAGUGGAAAAUAAAGAAAUUCUCGCUGGUAAAAAGAAGAAGUACACAGACAUGGCUCGGGCCAUCAACAAUACCAAGGUGGACAUAGACACCACACGCUCCAACCUAGACAGGCUGAAGGAUGAGAGGGAAAACGCAGGGCCAACCUACAAUGAGGAUGGUGAUGUUGUCAUAUCAGAGGACGAAUUCCUACAGAUUAAGAGGCUGAAGGACCUCAAGCUGGCAUACAGAAACGACUUUGAGGAGCUGAAAAACCUGAAGGCAGAAGUCCAGUACUGCCAGAGGCUUGUUGAUCAGUGUAGACAGAGACUUAUUCAGGAGUUUGACAAUUGGUAUGCUGAGAGUUUCCUGAACCAGGCAGAAGAACCCCAGACCAGUGUGGCCGCUGGACACGGUGUCAGGCCAGGCAUAUUCAUACCCUUCAACCCUAAUGCAAUGAUUGAGGAUGAGCAGGAGAGGUUUGACCGGCUGCAGAUGGAGCUGCUGAUGAAUGACCCUGACUCUACAGCUUUCUACAAUGCCCAGAUGAGAACACAGCGCAGGAAAACGUAUGAGGAUGCAAUGUCCCAACCACAGCCGUCAUACCGUCGAGCCCCUGGGACCCCUACCAUGUCAAUACGAAAUAAACCCCCGUCCAUGCUCCAGAUGUCACACUGAGCAUGACUCAGCAGAAAAAAUAAGACACUGUGGAUAUAUACUGUAUAUGAAGUGUAUUUAUUGAACUCAUAUAAAAAUAAAAUGUUUGUAGAUAAAAUGUGCACUUGUCGUGUAUCGAAUGAACUUAAUGUGGGAAUUAAAUGUUGUUUACUGAAAUAUUUUGUGUGAUACCUAAUUCAGACUACGACUGCCUUGUUGAUAAAUAACUUUGUUCAACUAAAAGUUAAUUGAAUGCAAGUUGAUGUCCAUUUGUUUGUCAAGGGUUAUCAUGUGACUUGUAUGUCUCUCCAUUAGUUUAGCUGUGAUGAAUAUUUAUAUUGGGGGUUGUUCCGUGUCGUGUUAAUUAAAUAGAGAACUUAAACAUUGUCGAUGAUCCUGUUGCUGUCACAUCUGAAUGGACUAGAUAUGGUCAUAAACAUUGUGUUUUUAUUAAAAACACCAUCUGCUGUAAUGACAUGGACUUGUUUAGCUAGCUAUUCCAUUUGUUUUACAGUAAUUAAAUGUCUAUUUAGAAGGACAGAAAUGAAAUAUCUAUUGUUUAGUUUUUUGUUCUUGUAAAAAACUGAGAUCAUUAAUAAGACAAUUUAUUACUAUUAUCUUUGUGGUUGAUAUUUAAAAACAUAUGGGCUCGGUGGGUAAAAAUUAUUUGCGUCUUAUUUGAACAUGUUGUGCCGGCAAUUCCAAGCUUAUUGUAACAUGAUAGAGGCUAUUACACAUAAUUGGCUGUCUAAAAAAAAGUUCAUAAAAAUUAUUUGUUUGCUUUUCCCCCGACUUGUGACAAAGAAAUGGUCACAUGAAAAAAAAUGAUAGCUUCAUUUUAUUUUUUUGGAAUUAAGGUAUUAAAACAUUUAGAAUUGUGGGAAGCGGAAUUCCAACCAAAUAUUUAAUAAUUAUGUUUGUAAAGAUUGUAUAAACAAAAAAGGAGCCAAACUAUUUUAUGAUUUUAUGAUUUUUUAAAUUUCUAAUAGUUUGCUAUGAAUCCCUGUGAACAAGAAGAGCCUAAGUCUUGUUUUUUUACAUAAAUACAUGUUCUAUCAAAACAUUUCAUCCAUUGAUGGUCAAAAGGACUUGUCAGCCUUCAUAUUUCAUAUGUUAAUGGGCCUUUUGGCCAUCAACAGAGGAGUUAAGCUUUUGUUGCACCACUUCUGUUUGUUCGGAAUGAAAAUUGAAACCCAACUUGUUGUGCUUUACUAAACAUAAACUCAUAGCUAUGGCAGUAUCAUUUAUAGAUGGUGGUUUGAUAUAAUUAUAUAGAAUGUUUUAACCAUCUCAGACUGAUGCUGCCACCUAUGGUAAGCUGAAACUACCACCUGUGGUAUGAAAAGUCAGUAUUUGUUUCUUGUUGUAUGAAAUAUGCAUGAUGGGUUUUGCCACAGACCUCUGGUUUACAGGUCUGUUGUUUGUUGAAUCCAAUAAUUUAUUUGUUGCCUCGAUUUACCAUUUAAAAAUUGCUUGCUCUUGAUAGUCAAAUGUGUUAAACAAAUAGGUCAUGUUUUUAAAAUGGUGAUAAUUGAGUUUGACAGGUUUGAAAAUGUAUUUUUUCAAUCUGAAUGAAUAUUUGUGUAUGUAUGUUAUUAGAUAUUUGUUUGUCUAUAUAUGUGAUAAAAUAUGGCUGUGAUAUGUUGAGUUCUAUGUGUUUACUGUGUUUUAUUGCUUGUAUGUACAAAUACUGGCUAUAUACUGUCAUAAGGUUCAAGAGUUAGUACUCACAGUGAUCAUUAUCUAAAACCUCCUAUUUGAGGGUUUUGUAUAUUGUAUAAAUUACAUUUCAAAUCCUUACAUUUCUAAUUAAAGGGACCUUCUCACAAUAAUUACAUUUCUUAUUACAGGGACCUUCUCAAAAUGAUUACAUUUCUUACUAUAGGGACCUUCAGUUUUAUGAACGAAAACAAAAUACCAACUGGCAGAAACUCAUUUGAACACGAUUUUGUAAAUCAAGCCUAAAUUGUUCAAGUUUAAAUAGCGUUAAUAUCAAUUUUUCAGCAAAAUAGAGCAUUUUUUUUCUCAAGUUUCAAUAAUUUUAAUAAUAAAGCUCUAAAAUGAUCAUAUUUUAGCAUUGUAACAAGGCUUGAUUGCAUUUUUCACAUCCCAUACACAAUUAUUUUUUAAUGUCUGAAUAUGAAAUGUAAAUGUGUCCCUUUAAGAUUGUGUAAUUGAAUGUUCAGCCUUUGUUAUAUGAUACACACUCUAUUAAGGUUUGCAAGUGGUGAUUACACUUCUUUGUAUGCUUUCAAAGAUGCCAACCUUCUAAAACAAAAGUGUAGUUAGCCUUUAAAAUGUAACUGCUGUUUUAAAAUGUUUGUUAUAUUUGCUAUGCUGUACAUCUUGUGUUUUUCUGCAGGUUGUAAUGAGUAUUUUUACCUGUACAAGAAUGUAUAAAGUUGUUUUGUCUCACGCUCUCUGGUAUUAUAUUAUACAAAUUUUAUAAAUUUAAGAAGGUUA